AUGGCGGCGUAUUGCGACGAGGUUCACAACCUCGAAGACAAGUUCGACGGACUGGAACUCAACCACAGCACAAGACGUUUCAACAAGGUGGCUGACGAACUGGCGAAGGCGGCAUCCGGCCGAAAGCCCAUCCUCGAUGGCAUCUUCGUCAGCGACCAGUACAAGCCCUCCAUCCGCAACAAAGAACCGGGAGGGGUCGGCAACACGCCACCUAUCCCGGACUUGGGCGCUGACUCGGGAAGGGUCGGCGACAUGCCACCUGUCCUGGGCUCGGGCACCGACCCGGGAGGAGUCGGCGGCACACCACCGAUCCUAGGCUCGGGAGCCGAUCCCCCGAACCCCGAAGUCAUGGGGAUCAACGCGGACCUAGUAGCGGAGCCCGACCCCCCGCCUGACUGGAGAGGAAAGGCGCUGAUUCAGGACAUCCACGCUGGGGCCUGCGACCACCACACCGCGCCAAGAACCCUCGUCAGGAAUGCUUUCCGGCAGGGCUUCUACUAG